AAUGCCCUUAAUUGUGAUUGCACACAUAGCUGGUGGUUUUGGAAACAUUUCUGUUAGAGAGCUGAGAUAAAGGGUUUCUUUUGGACCUCUUAAGAACAGAUAUGGCUGUUGCUGGGGAUGAGACUGAGUCAGCUUCCACUGGUGAAAUGUCAGGCUACCAGAUCUGCACUCCCACCUCCAGCCUGCCCCAGGGCGUUGUGAUGGCUGGCUCACCAGGCUCUCUGCACAGCCCCCCACACGUGGCUGACGAGACCACACGCAAGAGACAACUCCGCCUCAUGAAGAACAGGCAGGCAGCCAAAGAGUGCCGGCGGAGGAAGAGAGAGUAUAUUCGCUGUCUGGAGACUCGCCUCACCAUGCUGGAGGCCCAGAACAAGAAGCUCAUGGAUGAGCUAAACUACUUUAAGGAAAUGUAUGGGAUUAAGUCGAGUCAGUAACAGUACAGCAUACUGUACAUACACGCCCUGUAGAGACAUGUUAUUUAUGCCUAUCAUAACCAGCUACUGUACAUAACAUUCCACAGUAAUGUGUUUAUUUUCAAUAAAAUAUGCCAUAUGAAAACACAAUGCCUAUGGUUGUGGCAUUUGCUUUUAAAUUGUUUUAAACAUUCUCAUCGAAGAUCUGUUAUUUGAAGAUUUAUCAGACAAAAUGCUCCCAGAGGUUUAUCUUGAAUGACAAGUGGAGUCUCAGGCCUGCACAUAUAGCAAUGUAUAGGCAUUAUUUUGUAGAGACUAGGGCUUGUAUAGAGAGCUCUCUCUUAAAUGACAUUUUACAAAGAAACUAACCAGCAUAUAUUACUGUUCUAUAAGAGGGAUAAAAAAUACAAAUAAAAAGUUUAUUGUACUA